UGGACCCAGGCUGACUUCCUCCUCAGUCCCAUUUAACUCUUCAUUCUCCCAGGCAGGGUCCCUCCUCCUGGUGGCCCAUUGGCAGAAGGUAAGGCCAGCCAGCAGAGGAGGGGUCCCCAUUGGCUGCAGGCUCUGUCACUCACACACCGGUUGCUGAUUUGGCUCCCUUGCCUUGUAGAUGUCAAAGGCUGGAGCUGCUCCCCUUGCCACAUUGUAGCUGGUAGGGGAUCCGCAGCGAGCAAUGGCCACAGCUGCCUCCAAUCCCUACAGCAUUCUCAGCAGCACAUCCCUGGUCCAUGCGGACUCUGCGGGCAUGCAGCAGGGCAGCCCCUUCAGGAACCCCCAGAAGCUGCUGCAAAGUGACUACCUGCAAGGACUCCCCAGCAAUGGCCAUCCGCUGGGUCACCACUGGAUGAGCAGCUUAACUGACGGCAACCCAUGGUCUACAAGCCUAGCCAACAGCCCCCUGGACCAGCAGGACAUUAAGCCAGGCAGGGAAGACCUUCAGCUUGGGACCAUCAUCCAUCACAGGUCACCCCAUGUUGGCCACCACUCACCCCACACAAACCACCCCAAUGCCUGGGGAGCCAGCCCAGCUCACAACCCAUCACUCACCUCCAGUGGCCAGGGGAUCAAUGUCUACUCUCAGCCUGGCUUCACGGUCAGUGGCAUGCUGGACCAUGGAGGUCUCACCCCACCUCCACAGACGGUCACCACGCAGAGCCUGCACCCGGUGCUCAGAGAUGCCACUGACCAUGGAGAUCUGGGCUCCCACCACUGCCAGGACCACUCCGACGAGGAGACCCCAACGUCGGACGAGCUGGAGCAGUUUGCCAAGCAGUUCAAACAAAGGCGCAUCAAGCUGGGCUUCACCCAGGCCGACGUCGGCUUGGCCCUGGGCACCCUCUAUGGCAACGUCUUCUCCCAGACCACCAUCUGCAGGUUUGAAGCCCUCCAGCUCAGCUUCAAGAACAUGUGCAAGCUGAAGCCCCUGCUGAACAAGUGGCUGGAGGAGGCCGACUCCUCCACAGGUAGCCCCACCAGCAUCGACAAGAUAGCUGCCCAAGGUAGGAAGAGGAAGAAGAGGACCUCUAUAGAGGUGAGUGUCAAAGGGGUGCUGGAGACCCACUUCCUGAAGUGCCCCAAGCCUGCCGCCCAGGAGAUCUCCUCCCUGGCAGACAGCCUGCAGCUGGAGAAAGAAGUGGUCAGGGUCUGGUUUUGCAACAGAAGACAAAAAGAGAAAAGAAUGACUCCUCCAGGAGAACCCCAACAACACGAGGUCUACUCUCACAAUGUCAAAACAGACACCUCCUGCCAUGAGCUCUGACUAUAGGCUGGUACCGGACAGGACUUGGGCGAGAACAGUGGAUUUUUUCUCCCUUUGUUUUUAUUUUUAUGCUUUUUUGUUUUUGUUUAUUUAUGUUAUAUUGUUUUGGCGGAAGAACAAAAACAAACAAAACAAAAAACAACUUUUACAAAACAAAAAAAUAACAAAUAAAACAGAAAAACGACUUCUCUGGGGGCCCUGCGCCCCCCACCUGGCAAUAUAACUGCUACAUUCACGCUGUUUACUGUAAACAGAUUGGUUUCUUUUUGGUACCUACUGGAAAGAAGAGAGUUUGUGCCUCUGCUCACCUACCUGCGCCUUGAUCAUAUCAGAUAUCUAUCAGGUGACUUCGUUUUACACUAGAAUAGUUUCUUUCAGUCUGGAGAUCAUCUGGGAUUUCUUGUCCUUGUCUCUUUUUGUCCUCCCCGUGUUUGAAGGUAUUUUGCUACAGUGUAUACACAAUAUUUGUGACCACAGUUUGUAAUGUUCCCAUCAGCCCCCCCCCCCCCCCCCCAAUAUGUUCACCUACCUCUUCCUCUCUGUGUAGCAGUAUGUGCUAGGGACCAGUAUGUAAGGAGAAGGCUGACUAUAACCAUUUCUGCAUGACAUGUAUUCAACAAGACUUUUUAUUUUAUUCUAGUCAAACAUAUCCUGAUACAUUUAUACAUUUUGUUUUUGGUUGUGUGAUUUAUGAGACUGGCACUUCCAUAGGCUGCAGCAGGAGAAGGAGAGAGGCUCCAGUGAUACAUAGAUCUGUGCACUGGCUUCUUCCUACAGACCCUCUUUCCUUCUCCCUCUCUGGUUUUGUUCCCUGUUGCAGUCAGAAUCCAGUGGUGCCCAGUGCUUGUGAUGUGCCUGUGUGGAGGUUUCAGUGAGUGCUAGCCCUUCAGCCCAGCUUUUGGUGGGUGGCCUCUAUAAACAUUGCUGCCAUGACGUAAUUCCAUAGAUAAGAAUAUAGAAUAAAUAUUGCUUAUCUACCCUUACUGCACCUGUAUGUAAAUGAGUGUAUGUAUAUGUGUGUGUAUGU